AUGUUGGGGUCUGUAGGUCGCUGUUCUGCAGGGGCCCUGCGAGGCCUUACCCCGCUACUGAGAGGUGGCCCUGCUGCUGCCUGCUCCCGAAGAGAUUAUGCGGCACAGACCACCCCUGCUCCCAAGGCUGGAGUUGCAACUGGUCGCAUUGUAGCAGUAAUUGGUGCUGUUGUGGAUGUUCAGUUUGAUGAAGGGCUCCCUCCCAUUCUGAAUGCCCUUGAGGUCCAGGGCAGGGACACACGGCUGGUUCUGGAAGUUGCCCAGCAUUUAGGUGAGAGCACCGUUCGGACCAUUGCCAUGGAUGGCACGGAAGGUCUGGUGAGGGGCCAGAAGGUACUGGAUGCUGGCACACCUAUCCGAAUCCCGGUUGGUCCAGAAACCCUGGGAAGGAUUAUGAAUGUAAUUGGCGAGCCCAUUGAUGAGAGAGGACCAAUUACCACCAAGCAGCAUGCAGCAAUCCAUGCUGAGGCCCCAGAGUUUGUAGAAAUGAGUGUCGAGCAGGAGAUCCUGGUUACUGGCAUUAAGGUGGUUGAUUUGCUGGCACCCUAUGCCAAAGGUGGAAAGAUCGGGUUGUUCGGUGGUGCUGGUGUCGGAAAAACUGUCUUGAUCAUGGAGCUCAUCAACAAUGUGGCCAAAGCACAUGGUGGUUACUCAGUUUUUGCUGGUGUUGGUGAGCGAACCAGAGAGGGCAAUGACUUGUACCAUGAAAUGAUUGAGUCAGGCGUCAUCAACCUGAAGGACGACACCUCCAAGGUGGCUUUAGUGUACGGACAAAUGAAUGAACCACCAGGUGCGCGUGCUCGUGUUGCCUUGACUGGUUUGACCGUUGCAGAGUACUUCAGAGAUCAGGAGGGACAGGAUGUGCUGCUAUUCAUUGACAACAUCUUUAGAUUUACACAAGCUGGCUCUGAGGUGUCUGCUUUGCUGGGAAGAAUCCCCUCUGCUGUCGGCUACCAGCCAACCCUGGCCACUGACAUGGGCACCAUGCAGGAGAGGAUCACCACCACCAAGAAGGGAUCCAUCACCUCUGUGCAGGCCAUCUAUGUACCUGCUGAUGAUUUGACUGACCCUGCCCCUGCCACCACCUUUGCUCAUUUGGAUGCUACAACUGUACUGUCGCGUGCUAUCUCAGAGUUGGGAAUCUACCCUGCU